CCCCACCCCCACACUUCUUUCCUCCUAAUUUAUUCCCAUUCGGGUACUCUCACAUAAACUCAUCAUGUUCCGCUCCGCUGUCGUCCGCUCCCUCCGGGCCUCUGUCCCUCGUGCCGUCAAGACUUCGGCUCCCUUCCAGAUCCGUAGCUCUGCUGUCGCUCGCCCGGCUCAAUUCGCUCCUCGCUUCGCCUACCAGGGUGUCCGUCUCUACUCCGCUCCUGCCGGUCUCAACAAGGAGGAGGUCGAGGGCCGCAUUGUCAACCUGUUGAAGAACUUCGACAAGGUUUCCGACGCCAGCAAGAUCAACGCCGCUUCGCACUUCACGAACGAUCUCGGUCUGGACAGCUUGGAUACCGUUGAGGUCGUCAUGGCCAUCGAGGAGGAAUUCAGCAUUGAGAUCCCCGACAAGGAGGCCGACUCCAUCCACAGCGUCGACAAGGCUGUUGAGUACAUUCUUGCCCAGCCCGAUGCUCACUAAAUACCCGUGUAAUGAGGAACCGGGAAGUUGUUGGAGGAUUAGAAUAGAAGAAAUCGAAAGGGGAUGAUGGCGUGCAUCUACAGGAAACUCGCCACUGCGGAGACUCCGGGUAGCUGGGGAUGCUACCCUGUAUGCUGAUACAUGCCUGUGCUCUUUCAUACUCUACUAUAUCGUGUAUAUCACCUUUGGGAAUGCCGUUCUGACCGAUAU